AUGCAUGAGCUUCUCCUCUUCGCCUCGGUUCCCGCCCACCAGCAUCAUGAGCUUCUCCAACAGCUGGCCGGCUUGACAGCUAUGCAACCCCGUCACCGCUUGGAGAGGCGGUUGGUUUUCAAGGCCUCCCGCAAGCCUGGUCUGGUCACCACCCGCGUGGGAGCCAGUCAAGACCUACAGGGCGCAGACAUGCAACGUUUGAAUAAGAUGUUGAAUGGUGGCAUGUACUUCACCCAGGUCGUCGGCGCCGUGACCGAGGCUGAUUUGGGCGCCACAUCGUCGGCGACUGAUGUAGAUGUGUCCAUGUCUGGAACUGAUGGGCCUUCUUACUGCUACGAAAACCAAUCCUGGAAACUGGAGUUCAGGGACAUUCCCGAGGCUGGUACUCGGUCUGCUGUGACCACUCGCUUAAUGGCAAGUGCAAGCUUGCCAAAAGGUGAUAUCGCAGUUCCCAUGAAUGCUUGGGGCUAUAGCUUUGUCACCGAAUACAUGGUAGAAGGAGAUGUCUUUGUCCAGAACGAUAUCGUCAUCUUUCUCCACCGCGUUCUGCUGUAUCCUCCGGCGGGGCCACAGGAAGCACAUGGCCCUCGACGGAGCCUACCAGCUUAUCACGAGCUCACCCCGCUUGAGCGAACUGGCAGCUAUGUCCUUCAAGCCGCCAUCACUGUUCAAGAUGGAGGCAAUCAGGAAAUGAUGAAGACGGCUUCUCAGCAUUUGUUCGGGCUUCGAGAGCAGCUCAAGUCAGCCGUCCGUCUCGAACAAGCGGACCGACUGUCUCUAGAUACUCGAGCAAAAUAA